ACGGACAACCGGCUGUAAUAAUGAGCCAGGAAAGUCACCAGGAAGGCUGGACAGACAGGGUGAAGGUCAUGGAGACGGACAAAUAGAAAAGCUGAAGCUGCUGGUGGUACCAGGGACAACGCCAGAACCUCUCGGCCCAGAUGACAAGACCAGUGGGAGAGAACUACUGGCCAGUCCAGGGGAUAACUCCUCACAGAGAAGGUCAAGUUCAGCGUCCCUGUGUACCAACAUGUCCCACGUGAUCUGUGAGGAGUCUGAUCUACGUGCACCGUACAAG